AUGGGCGGCCCCGGCGGCGGCCCGUCCGGGUUCGGCGCGGGCGGGUUCCACCAGCAGCCCAAACGCCGCCGAUGCCCGACGGAGAACGCGAUGACCAAGGUGAACCCGUCCGAGCCGAAGCGCGCGCUGUUCCACUGCAACUACUGCCAGAAGGACAUCAGCAACGUCGUUCGAAUCAAAUGCGCGGAGUGCGCGGAGAUGGACCUGUGCGCGGAGUGCUUCUCCGUCGGCGUGGAGCCGCACCCGCACAAGGCGUGCCAUCCGUACCACGUCAUCGAUAACAUCUCCUUCCCGCUGUUUACGAUGGACUGGGGCGCGGACGAGGAGGUGCUCCUUCUCGAAGCGAUCGAGAUCUACGGGCUCGGGAACUGGACCGAGGUGGCGGAGCACGUGGGGGGCGCGAAGAGCAAGAUGCAGUGCCACGACCACUACUUCGAGACGUACGUGAACUCGCCCACGACGCCGCUGCCGGACAUGAAGCGCCUCCUGGGGAAAGACUACGUCAAGGAGGAGCCGAAGGACGCGGAAGAGGGUAAGAAGCGGGGGAAAACGGACCCGGAGGACGCGGAACGAGAGCGGACGCUCGCGUCGUUCUCGCGGCCGGGGGACGAGCGGCACUGGGGGAACGCGCAGGAUCUCACGGGGUAUAACGUGAAGCGGGACGAGUUCGAUCCGGAGUACGACGUCGAGGCGGAGCUCCCGCUCGCGGAGAUGGAGUUCCGCGACACGGACACCGAGCUCGACAGGAAACUCAAACUGCGCAUGAUCGAGAUCUACAACCGCCGCCUCGAGGAGAGACGGAAGCGGAAGCAGUUCAUCAUCGACCGCGGGUUGUUGAACGUAAAGCGGCAGCAGGCGCUGGAGAGGAAGCGCACGCCGCAGGAGAGAGACAUCCACGCCGCGGUCAGGGUGUUCGCGCGGUUCUUGGAGCCGAACGAGUACGAGAUCAUGCUCGAAGGGCUCGCCGCCGAGAGCCGGAUUCGGAAUCGCAUCGCGGAGCUGAAGGAGUAUCGCCGCGCGGGGUGCCGGACGAUACGCGAGGGAGAGCAAUACGACUCGGACAAGCGCGCGAGGAUCGCGGAGCACGCGCGGAUCCGAGCGGCGGAGACGCCCGCGAAGGGCGCGGCGGCGGCGGCGGCGGCGAGGGCGAACAAGUACCUCAGCCGCGACGGGUUCGUCGCCGCGCCUCCGGGGGCGCCCGGGGGGGAACCGCCGAAGCCCGGCGCCGGCGCCGGCGCGUCAUCGGGCGGCGGCGGCGGCGGCAGGAGGAAAGCGCCGCUGCCGCUGGAUCUCGCGAAGCUCCCGGGCGUGGAGCUCCUCUCGAAACGCGAGCAGGAUCUGUGCACGCACAACCGACUGCUCCCGGUGCAGUAUCUCGCGAUGAAAGAGGCGAUGAUGCGCGCGAGCGCGGACGGGGAGCCGCUGAGGCGCGCGGACGUGCGGUACAAGUUCGCGGUCGAGCCCGUGAAGGCGACGCGGACGUACGAGCUCCUGUUGAGCAACGGAUGGAUCACGGAUCCGAACGGGGGGAAGGACGCGGAAAAAGAACAAGACGACGAGUGA